AUGAGACAUACGUUUAAAACAAGGAAUAAGGAAGUUUUUGGCCAUGUUGAAGUUCUGGUUCAUGAUCUAGAGCAGAGGAUUGAAUUACUUGAUUCUCUCCUCCAAGAAGAGUAUUUAGAAGCGGUGGAGAAGGACUUACUUGUCUCAAAAAUUGAGUUGGAAUCAUGGAAGAAAAGAGAGGAAACCAUGCUUGCGCAAAAGGAAAAAAUCAAAUGGCUAAAUGAAGGAGAUAACAACACAUGCUUUUUCCAUUCGGUAUUGAAGAGAAGGCAGCAAAAUCAAGUUAGAAAAAUGACCAAUACGGAUGGAAGCUCUCUUGACUCUCCAAAGGCGGUUCAUGAAGGUGCAUUCAGUUAUUUUCAAGAAUUUUUGAGUUACAGGUAUGAGGUGGAGCUACUGGAGUUGAGGCCAAUAAUUGAUAACGUGAUUAUGGAUGAAGAAAAUAAAAAUAUUACAAAGCACCUAGCAGUAGAAGAAGUUCGACAAGCUCUUUUCUACAUUCCCGUGCAGAGUAGUCUGGGACCAAAUGGAUUUGGUUCGGGCUUUUUUAGAGAAUGUUGGGAAAUUCUACAACAUGAUAUGAUGGAUGUCAUUACAGAAUUUUUUGUAGCAAAACGAUUACCAAGGCUCUACACAGCGUCCUAUGUGGCCCUUAUUUCGAAGCACGAGUUACACAUUUAUUGCCGAGAGUGA